UCGUUGCGCGCGCGCAUACCACACUCGCACUUGCGUACAUAACAUUGACGCGCGCGCUUUCCCAAUUCCGGCGGGUAAACUUAAGUUGUGAUUUCUCGAAUGCGUUCUAACGUUUGGAUAAUAAAGCGUGUGGAUAUGUAAUGAUACAAACAAUAAGUAUGUUUUGUGUGGUCGAGUGACUGUGCGCGAGAGUGUCGACGGUCGGGCACAAUGAGUGCGCCGCAGAAUUGGCACAAAUGGCUAGUGUUGUCGCUGCUGGGAUUGGCUUUGUCCGCUCGGACAAUUGGUUGCGAUUACAGUUCCAUCACCGAGAAAUUUGGAGCGGAAGCUGUGUCGCGAUGCAACGAAAAAUGUCCAUUUCAGAAUCGCACCGGCGAGACACAUUUCGACGUGAACUGUGGGUCCGACUGCAGCGUUCAACAAUGCAGAAUAGGAUGCGGUCUUUGGUUGGAAGGAUUAGAAAUAUCUUGCCAAACGGCUUGUAAUGUCACUUCGGAGAUGGCGCUUUCCAGGGAGCUAUAUUGUGUUAUGGGAUGCAAUGAAGCUCUCAAUACGUAUUUUCAAAUGAUACGAGAUCUUAUAGGCACGCCUCCUGCACCAGCUCUAGUUGCCGAUAGUUUAACAGCGACAUCUCUCUCUCUUGUUUGGGAGGCACCAAAUCUUGGCAACCUGAGCUACCUUGUACAAUGGCGAUACGAAGAGCUUCCUGGCAGUUGGCAAUACUAUUCUAAUUCCAGUCGUUCCGAUAAGUCCAUUAUAAAUGUUGAGAAUUUACGACCUUAUACGAAAUAUCGGUUUCGAGUCGCAAUUUUCCUAUCGGGUCGCAGUAGUGCCGGCGAGCCAGUAUACUCAUCGCCCUCUGUAGUCAUAUCGACUCUAGAGAGUGGUAAACCCAGCUCUGCGCCCACUGCACUUAGAGCCGCGGCUCCGGAUCCGAGCCGGGUUGCAAUAUCCUGGGAGCCGGGACCUUUUCCUAAUGGACCUUUGAUAUCCUAUGUACUGAGGCUCGCCGAUACUCAGCCGAAUACGGACGUAUUAGAGGACAUGCCGGCAUCAAACAAAACGCUGUUUUACAUGUUUCAAAAUUUAGCCCCCGCGCGGGAGUAUGAAGUAUCUGUAGCGAUGCGAAAUGCAGUGGGUGAAGGACCUAGGGCCUAUGUCCGAAUAUCAACCCCACCUCUACCUACAUCCAUACCCACUCAACAACCGGUUCUCAUUUUGGGAGGAGAGCAUAAUAUACUGGCAGCUUCUGCAAAUGACAUGCUAUCUGACCCUAUAGAACUAUAUAGCACGGAUCAUAAUAUAACAGGCGUGGGUGUUGAUAUCUCAAGCAAUUCUCUGUUCAUAUCUGUGUCUAACGGGUAUGUUUAUAGAAGUUCUCUAUCGAAAAAGAAUGUACCAGAAGCAAUUUUGACACCAGAUACCAUAUCGUACAAACCUCUUGAUCUGUCUGUAGACUGGUUGAAUAAACAUUUGUAUAUACUUGGUGAAGUUUACCACAAAAACGAAGGAAGUUUGAAUAACGCGAGUAUGUACCCAAGUUGGGAAAUAUCGCGUUGUGAUUUCGAUGGAAAAAAUAAAAUGUUUACAUUGGCUGGAUUCCAUUCGCGCCCUAUUCAUUUUGAAGUAGACGCUUACAAUGGAUAUCUGUUUUGGGCGCUCCGUGGUAUAGAGCGGGGUGGUCUAUAUCGAAUCGAUUUAGCAAAUAUCUUAAACGGAGUACGGUACGAAGCUUCGCCAGAACUCAUAGUGCGAGAUGCUCAUCUAGGAGCUUUUACCGUAGACCACGCUGAUUUUAGAUUACUGGUUGCUCAUUUGCGUCGAAAUACAGUGCUGGCAGUUUCUUUAGAUGGGCGCGAAGUAACCGACUUUCGUAGCAACACACAAACACCAAUGUUUUUCUCGCCGCGGUCAAUCGCGUACGCCAACGGGUUAUUCUACUGGACGAACGGCAAAGAAAUGCUCACCGAAGAGUAUCACGCGAAAAGCGACAGUUACUUCCACAACGAGUAUCCCGUAGCGUACAACACCAAGAACAUCGCGACGAGACAAGUGCUAGUUGCUUUACGGAGUUGUCAACCCAUACCAGUGCCGGUCAAUCCACCGUUGGGUGUUCAGAGUGUGAUGGGAAUCAGUCGCGCGAAGGUGUCCUGGUCUCCGCCACAUUUGCUGGGCCACCAGGGGAGUGGCGCGUGGCAGCAGUGGACCUUCCACUUGCAGUUGACGCAUGUGGGCACGGGGGAAACUAUUGAUAUAAAAAACAUUAAGGAAUCUACGCGUAUCGUUGAAAAUAUCGAACAGGACACGGAAUAUGUGGUCAGAGUUGCAGCAGUGACACAAUCUGGUUCAGGUCCGUGGUCUUCAGAAUUUGUGGGAAAGACUUUGAAAUCUACACCGACUACUUUACAAAGCACUUUAUUGUGGUCAGGUCCUGAUGGACUUUUGCAGACAGAUUUAACCGGAGAUAAUUUACAAACUUUAAUUCAUCGACGAGAUCUCGAAAAUCUAAAGAUUAUUGAUAUAUCUUGGUAUCGGGAUAAACUUUAUCUGGUUACAAAUGCUUCCACUGUGAUGUGGUAUAACACGACGACACGCAAAAGAGACUUUAUGCCCAAUAUGGAGAACGUUGGCAGUUUGGCUGUGGACUGGGUUGGCAAAAAGAUUUAUUGGUCUAAUCCUAAACAGCAGUUGAUAACACGUGGUAAUUUCGACGGGAGUAACAGGGAGCCAGUGCCCAUAGUUACUGUUGCGAAAGAGCUUACAAUAGAUUCCCUGGGAGCGUACAUAUACUGGAACACAGGACACGCGGUCGAGGCUGCUAGGCUUAAUGGCGAAAAUAAACUGAUUUACUAUCCAGCACAACUAUUUAGCGGAAAGCAAGUGAUGGGUCUCACGGCAGAUUUAGAAAAUAAAUGGCUCUACUGGCUUGUGAGGAGUUAUGAUGGUUCUGAACUGCAUAGAGCGUUGACAGCUGAUAGAAUUGCUCCCGGAGUCAGCGAGAUAUCCGGAACGCUAGUUAGCCGUCUAUCCGGCACGGCGACACUGGGCCCGCUGUGCUACUUCAGCGGGCGCCUGGUGUGGGUGCAGGAUGCAUCCCGGGCCGUCGUGUCCGACCUCGCGGGGAAGUAUACCGCUGAGCUCAUACCCAGGGUACACGUCAUUGCUGUACGGGAUCCGACACUGCAUCAUGGGAGUGAAUCAAUCAUUGCGAUACCAGAGACGAUAAAUUCAUCGUCAAUCGCCGUGGAAGGGGAAUGGGAUAAAUUCAACGUGACUUGGGCUCCAGCCACGAGGGUUAACGUGAACAAUAGCCGCGUUUACUAUGACGUCAGCUUGCAGUUCCCGGGACAGUUCAAAAUUGAGAAAACAGUAGAGGAGCCGUGGGUGGGCGUACGGUCGCGGCGCAUCGAGCCGUACAGCGCGGUGGAGGUGUCGGUGCGCGCGCACACGCAGUGGGGCGGCGGCGCGGCGGGGCGCGCGCGGGCCCGCUCGCCGCAGGCGCCGCCCGCCGCGCCCACCGCGCCCAGGCUCUACGUGCAGCCCGCUAGCAGCGGCGGCUCGAACCGCGCCACGUUCCGGUGGCACGCGCCGCAGCGCAGCAACGGCGUGCUGGUGGGCUACGAGGCGCAGUGCUGGGCGGCGGGCCGGCGGGGCGCGCGCCCGGCCGCGUGCGCGCCCGCGCGCCUGCCGCCCGCGCGCACGCAGCUCGUGCUCACCGACCUCGCGCCCGCCGCCACUUACUUCUUUCAGGUCCGUGCCUAUAAUGACGCUGGAUAUGGACAGUAUUCUGAAAUUGUGUCGGCGUCAUCAGAUGAAAUUAAUCCCAUUCCAAAAGUUAUGAUAUCAUCACAAGAAUCAAUCAAAAUUGUCGACUUGGACUCGAGUGAAAGUGAAAUUAUACCUAAAAGUACUGGAGUGCCUAUCGAUUUCGCUAUAGACAUUGAGGAAAAUAUUGCUUAUUGGGUUAAUAAUCUUGAAGAAAUCUUCUCUGCUAGAAUCAACGGCAGCGGACAUUACAAACUAACAUCAACGAACGGUAAAGCAAAAAGCAUGUGCGUGGAUUGGGUCAGUCGGUCCAUAUACUGGACGCAAGAGGAAAAUCCAUCGCUUGAAACUCACAUUUUGUAUCGAGCCGACCUGGGUCUUCCCAACACUCGGCCGCGUAUAUAUAGGGUGCUGAAGAGAGAACGAGCCAUGUAUAGUUUGCAGAUUAUACCGUUAAUGCGGUCUCUGUACUGGUACGAAGAAAGUAAUCACACUGGAUUCGGAACUCUUAUGACAUCAAAGGUAGACGGUUCUGAUGUUAGAAAAUUCUUCAACAAUUCAGAGUAUAGCGAUUCAGACUCUGAUUUCAGAGAGGAAUGUAGUUGUCCCGAAAGCCCUCAAGUAGCAAAAACCUUUGUGAUUGAUUUAACAAGUCACAUUGAAAUCUAUUGGAUCGAUCCUUGGUCGUAUAGAAUUAUUGCAUCAGAUAUUAAAGGGUGUAAUUGUAGAGUAGUCGUGGACGCCACCGAGAAAAAGAAAUACGGUUUCGUGCCUAUGUCCAUAACAGUUGACAGUAAAUACGUCUACUGGUACAAUUCUUCGGACAGAUCCAUAUUUUACACAAACAAAAUGAAGAAGAACAAGAUUGAACAGGUCAAAUCAUCAUUUGGCUAUAAAAUAAUGACCCUAGAUGCAGCGAACCAACCGUACCCCCCGAGGCAAUGUUUAUUUCCGAAUGCACAAAACCCUAUUGCGAAAGUGCUAUCGACCUCAGCGAACAGCAUAACAAUACAGUUGCCAACCAUAACAAAGCCGAGCAGAUGCAGCGAACUGGAAUAUGAAAUGACAUCCAGUGAAUACACAAUAAUGUACCGCUUAUAUUCGAAUGACACGACUCCGUGUGAUAAGGAAACGUGUUUGCGUAUAACUACAACGGAUUCAGAUAUUGAGGUCACCGGUUUAAAGCCAUUCACAAAUUACACAGCUCAAAUAGAAGUGACCAAUUACUACGCGAGGUUACAUGAGAUGAAGCCACUCGUAGGUUCCAUGCUACUCAUGCAGACUGCUGCAGAAGCGCCUACAGCACCUAAAAACGUGACCGGAACAGUUUUAAGUCCGGUGUUGGCUCGCGUAGAGUGGACCCCAGAGCCCGGCUUGUGGUACGAACUGCACUGGAGAACUGAUGAUUCACCGUUUUUACCGAACCGCUUGAAAGAGCACAACACGUUCGAGGUGUCGUCGGGCGGGCGCGCGGAGAUGGCGCGGCUGUCGCCGGGCACGCAGUACGCGGUGUGGGUGCGCGCGCGCUCGCGCCACUCGGCCGUGUCGGCGGACUCGCUGCCGCUGCGCCUGCGCACGUUCCCGCCGCCCGCGCCGCUCGCGCUGCGCGCCGCGCGCCCCUACGCGCUCGCGCUCGCCUGGCCGCCGCCCGCCGCCUUCCCCGUGCACCGAUAUGCGGUAGAAUACAUUGAAGCAAGUGGUUCAAGUGAUACUUGGCUAAAAUGUGAAGAGACCGCCAAAGGUGAAUGGAUAGCAAAAGACUUGCGACCAAAGACCCGCUACCGAUUCAGGGUUUGUCUGCAUUAUAUGAAAGACUCGCCGCCGUACUACUGGCCACAGGAUGAUAGAUACACUUUUGAAACUGAAGGCGACGUGCCAGGCCCGCCCGGCGCACUGCGCGUGGAGGCGAUGGGCGACAAGAUGCUGCGCGCGCGCUGGGCCGAGCCCGAGCCGCACGGCCUGCCCGUCGAGCUCUACCGCGUGUGGGGCCGCCCGGCCAACAGGGUUAACUACGUAGAAGACAAUUCGACGAGAAAUAUAAGUGAACUGUCUGCAGAUUUGCCAAGUGAUAUAGAUGAUGAAAUGAAAAUGCGCAUUCUUCGCGAAGGACUUGAGUUGCUUUAUACUGGACCUGAGUCGUACUGGCUGGUGGACGCGAGCCAGAUCGGCGGCGCGUACUCGGCGCGCGUGCAGGCGCGCAACGCGCGCGGCUGGGGCCCGCUGUCGGGCGCGGGCGAGCUGGUGGCGCGCGCGCGGGCCCGCCCGCUGCCCGCCGCGCUCGCGCUCGCCGCCGCCGCGCUCGCCGCGCUCGCGCUGCUCGCCGCCGCGCUCUUCUGCACAUACAAUAAGAGGAGUAAGAAGAAAGCAGCUUUAGAGAAUCAACUCACAUCGCCGGUUAUGCGGAGAGGACCAGACGUCGAGCUGGCGACUUUGCGCCAACUACCUAUCAGACAUUCCACUAAUAUUCUCUAUAACCAGGGUGUACACUGUCCAUCGGACGCAGAAUUAGCCGCGUUGCCGCACAUUCGCCGAGAGCAAAUCACACUAACCAAGUUCCUCGGCUCGGGCGCUUUCGGCGAAGUGUUCGAGGGACUCGCCAGACAGAUAGAUAAUAACGCUGGCAACACUAAAGUUGCUGUUAAGACUCUACGAAAAGGAGCAACGGAGCAGGAAAAAACGGAAUUCUUAAAAGAAGCGGCUCUAAUGUCGAACUUCAAGCACGAGCACAUACUGCGGCUACUUGGAGUGUGUCUGGACAAUGAUCCCAAUUAUAUCAUAAUGGAACUUAUGGAAGGAGGAGACUUGCUUAGUUAUUUGAGAGCUAAAAGAUCUUCCUUGGGGACCUCCGAAUCCCUGACCCUACUAGACCUACUGAACAUGUGCGUUGACGUCACAAAGGGGUGUCGUUAUCUCGAAGAGAUGCAUUUCGUGCACAGAGACCUGGCGUGUCGGAACUGCCUCGUGGCGUAUAGAGAUGGACGCAGAGUAGUUAAAAUUGGAGAUUUUGGACUUGCUAGGGAUAUAUACAAGAAUGAUUACUAUAGGAAGGAAGGGGAAGGUUUACUUCCAGUACGAUGGAUGGCAGUAGAGUGUUUAGUGGACGGAGUAUUUUCGUGUCAAUCCGAUGUUUGGGCUUGGGGCGUACUCUGUUGGGAGGUGCUGUCGCUGGGCGCGCAGCCGUACCCGGGGCGCACCAACCGGCAGGUGCUGGGCUUCGUGCGCGCCGGCGGCACGCCCGACCGCCCGCCCAACUGCCCGCACCUACUUUACGAGCUGCUGCAGAAGUGCUGGAGCUACAGCGCGGAGGCGCGGCCGUCGUUCCGCGAGUGCCUGUGCGUGGUGACGUCACUGCGCGACGCGGCGCCGCGCGCGCCGCUGCCGCCGCCGCCCGCCGACCCCGCGCACCACUACCUCACGCUGCUCGGGGACGAUGCUGUCGACAACCGCACCUAUCUGCUCGACGAGAAUGACAACGCCUGCUUAGAUGAAGAUUUCCCAGAACAACAGAUGGAACCUUCGCAUUUACUGCCGCAGCGGACACCAAAAUACUUAGAGCUCAUGUACGACAGUGACUCGCCUUCGGGCACGAUAUGCGACGGUUACGAAAUACCUAGAUCUCCACUCACAUACGCACCAUUCUCUCGACAUUCCAUUGUAGGUGUAGCACCCAAUAGACUAAUAAAACCUCCCUUGUACAGAACUCAUUCGCUCAGAACUAAUGUUAGGCCGCCAAACGCUACAAUAAUCCCUCUGAGAAACGGUAUCGUGAAACGCGCGUCUCUAUGCGAAGGCGUACAGAGUUCCUUCACGAGAGAACCCAGACCGAGCUCUUCGCAAUCUCGACAAGAAGACUUCGACAAACAUAUAUUUAAGACUCCAUUUUAAACUGUGAUAUUAGGCAAUUUAUAAUCAUUAUUCCACCGAACUAUUCGCUUAGUGAUUAAAUUAAAUAUUUAUUUAUUUAACGAUUUGUAAAUAAUGUCUUGCUGUAAAUAUUAGUAUAGGGUAGAGGCCGUUGGGAUUGUUGAGUACAAAACAAAGAUGUUUUCAUUGUAAUGCAUUUAUUUGUAAACUAUUAAGAUAGUAUCUUAUAACAAUAAAUUUAUGUACGAUACCAAGUGUUUUGUUUUAACGUACACCCUAAAGAUAUUAUUAUUAUAAUAGAUUUAAGGUAUCGAAUGAUACACUAAUUAUACACAAUAGAUUAAGUUAAUCUUACAGAUUACUAGGAUUAUUCCUUAAAAAUCCAACUUUAUUACAUAAAUGACAACAUUAAGAACUUUCUGGAGACAUUUUGUAAAUAACAGUUCUAAACUCAUUUUUCAUAGUAUAGAUACUAGUAGGUUAUAUAGGUACAUACUGAAAAAGAAAACAAAAAUACUUCUACCUACAAUAAAGAUUGCAUAAUUAAAUAAAACACUUUUAAUGUACCCUUUUAUCUAUAUGUUUUACGAAUCUAACGCACAAGCAGCCUCAUUAUCCUAUUUAUACCUAUAGGCAUCAAAGAAAGCAAGCAGGCAGUGAAACCUUGGAACUACGCUGACGCCGUAAAACAAGUAACGAUUUAUGUUUGAAAAAAAAA